AUGUCGGUCAUCCCUGCAGUAAUUCAGGGGCCAUUGCACAAGACACCUGAAUCGAUGGUGCGAUAUGCAUUGCUCGCCGCAAACGGGCUCAUGGGUGGUGCUGCACUGAGUGUCGUUGGUGUGUCUUCUAUCCAAGUCUCCGACGGCAUUGCGGUCAGUAUGUUUGGACAGUGA